UGAAGACUUGAACUCACGCCAUGAACAAACCUCGCACUGCCUGGCUGGACGGUCUUCGCGGGCUGGCCGCCGUCAUCGUCGCCUUCAACCAUUUCUUCAUGGGCGGAGUCUUUGACUUUGCCUUCCACUCCUACUGGGCCGACCCCGCCGAAGCCAACCGCCAUUUCAUUCAACUGCCCCCGAUCCGCCUUCUCUUCUCCGCCCACGCGAUGGUGGCGCUCUUUUUUGUCAUCUCCGGCUACGCCUUGAGCAUCAAUCUGCUCCGUCUGCGCGAUGCGCCGUCUUCCUCGCUGACCGCAUCCUCAUCUGUGACGAACCCAACCCUCCUUCGCGGGCUCUCCUCCGCCACCACCCGUCGCAUCUUUCGAAUUUAUUUGCCUGUCUUUCUGGUCGCCAUUCUCUCGCAGCUACUGUUCUUCUGCGGGCUGUAUCACUGGUCAUUUGGUGACGACGUUGUCUGGGGCCGUCGGCCGUGGAUCGCUCCCGUGUUCCACUUCACCUAUCUCCUCCGGUAUCUGCUGGAUAUCGUGAAUAUCAUACAAUUUCACCAUAAUCCCGGACUGAACGGGCAGCUGUGGACGAUGCCGAUUGAGUUCCGGGGUAGUCUGAUGGUGUAUGUGGUUAUCUUGGGGAUGGCCUUUUGGCGCCAGGAGAUGCGCGUCGCCGGGGUGGUGCUGCUGGCGCUGUAUUUUCUGUGGUAUGGGAUCUGGGAUGGAGUGGGUUUUCUCGGAGGGCUGGCGGUUGCGGAGCUGGCUCCGAGGUGGAGUAGUCAAGGGGAUGCGGUGAUUCUGGGGGAGGGAGGGUGGGUUGAGAGUAGAAAGGAAGGAGAUUCUACCUCUCCUGCCACUGGAGGGUGGAAACGAGGAGCCCGGACGCUGAUGACGGGCAUUUGCUUCUUCCUGGGGCUUCAUCUGCUUUGUCUCGGCGAUGACGGUGUGCUCACACCUGGGUACCAGUGGCUGGGGUCGCUGCAGUCCCCCCGGUGGGACGACGACUGGGCUAUCGUGAGCAAAUCCUGGAAGACGGUGGGGUCGGUGUUGGUGGUGUAUGCCAUUGAUCGGGUGGAGGUGUUGCAGAGGGCUCUGGAGAGGCCGAUGCCGCAGUUCCUUGGACGCAUCUCUUUCUCGCUGUAUCUGGUGCAUCAGUCGGUCUAUCAUGUCGCGCGGGAUCCCGUGCGCAAUGGGUUGUGGUGGAUCAUGACGGGGCGUCAAUAUCCGGCCACCGAUGAGAAGGCGCUCGCUGAAGGGGUAGGGGUGUUUGCGACUGUCAUCAUCUCAAACAUUUAUGAAGCAUCAUUGUCGAGUCAUCCGUCCCGCGUAAUUGAGACGUAG